AUGACAAAGAGAAUGGGAUACCGAGCCUGGAGAUGGCAGGCGCUUUGGUGGCAUCAUUUCUUUCUAUUGUGGAGUACAAUAGACGGACAGACUCGUUACAGCAUACCAGAGGAACUAAAACAGGGCUCUGUGGUUGGAAAUCUAGCCAAAGAUCUGGGUUUGGGACUAUCUGACAUUUUUGACCGUAAGCUGCGCGUCGCCUCUGAGGCUGGUGAGCAGUAUUUCAGUGUGGAUGCGGGGAAGGGCGAGCUGGUGGUGAAUGACAGAAUAGACAGAGAGGCUUUAUGCGGACAAAGCGCCAGCUGUGUUCUACCUCUGCAGGUUGUAAUUGAAAACCCUCUAAAUUUACAUCGGAUUGAGGUAGAAAUAAAAGAUAUAAACGACAAUUCUCCCAGUUUUCAUACAAAUGAAUUAUCUUUAAAAAUUCCCGAAACGGCAGCUGUGGGGACUCGAUUUCCCCUGGAGAGUGCAGAGGAUUCUGACGUUGGCAGUAAUUCAGUUAAAUCCUACAUGUUGCCUAAAAACGACUGCUUUACGCUGAAAAUGAAGGAAGUUGAGGACGGCAAAAUAGUCCCGGAGUUAGUAUUAGAGAAGCCUCUUGACCGAGAGAAGAAAACAGUUCAUCAGCUACUCUUGACUGCAUUAGACGGCGGAAACCCAGUCAUGUCUGGCACCUCACAGAUCACUAUCACAGUACUUGACGUGAAUGACAAUUAUCCAGUUUUCGAUAAAAAUAUAUAUAAGGUUUCGUUAGGGGAAAAUACUGCAAAAGAUACUUUUGUUAUCAAAAUUACAGCAACUGAUGCUGACGAGGGACCAAACGCAGACGUUGAAUUCUCUUUUGGCUCGCGGACACCCGAUUCCGUCUCAUCGGUUUUUGAAAUAAAUUCAUUAACAGGGGACAUAUAUUUGAAAGGACACUUGGAUUAUGAAAGGGCCGCAUCAUACAAAAUUGAAAUAACUGCGAAAGACAAAGGGUUUCCUGAAAUGGAGAGUCACUGUCGUCUACAGAUAGAUGUUGUAGAUUUUAAUGAUAACACCCCAGAAAUUGUUCUCACCUCUGAACCACAGCCGGUGCGCGAAGACGCACCAAGUGGCACAGUGGUGGCUUUGCUCAAUGCACGUGACGCUGAUUCCAAUAACAACAGCAAAGUGACACUGCAACUACCCAAAGGUUCUCCCUUUUCUUUAAAACCAUCAUUUUCUAAUAAUUACGCACUAGUUACCAGUGGUGCUUUAGACCGAGAGAGUUUCUCAGAGUAUAAUAUUGAAAUAACAGCCACUGAUUCAGGCUCUCCUCCUCUCUCUAGUAAGAAAAUUAUACCAGUCAGCAUCACUGAUGUGAAUGACAACCCUCCUGUCUUCACUCAGCCCUCCUAUAAUGUAUAUUUAAAAGAGAACGGGGUACCAGGGUCUAUACUGUACUCAGUAUCAGCAUCUGACCUGGAUUUUGGUGAAAACGCCAAAAUCUCUUACUCUAUACUGGACUCUAAAGUGCAGGACGUGUCUGUCUCAUCUUAUGUUUACAUUAACUCAGAUAACGGCAGCAUCUACAGCAUGCACUCGUUUGACUAUGAGAAACUGAAGGUGUUUCAGAUUCAGGUUCAGGCAAAGGACCAGGGCUCUCCGUCUCUCAGCAGCAACGCCACCGUCCAUGUUUUUAUCUUGGACCAGAAUGACAAUGCCCCCGCUGUUAUUUACCCCUCCUCCGCUGCCCUGGGCUCCCUCUCUCACCAGAGGAUGCCCCGCUCCGCUAAAGCGGGUCACCUGGUCACAAAGGUGACGGCCGUGGACGCUGACUCGGGCCAUAACGCCUGGAUCUCCUACAGACUGGCGGAGGCCACAGACGCCUCUCUGUUCACUGUCAAUCUGUACACAGGGGAGGUGAGGACUAAACGCGCUGCGUCCGAGCAGGACGACUCCUCUCAGAGGCUGCUUAUAGAGAUCAAGGACGACGGGGAACCGGUCCAGUCCUCCACCGUCACGGUGUCCAUCCUGCUGGAGGACGGCCUCCAUGAGCCCAUCUUAGACCUCCGACAGAAAAAAGCGGCCGAGCCCAGCAAGAAAACUGGGAGAAUCACCCUUUAUCUGAUUCUCUCUCUGGCCUCGGUGUCCGUGCUGUCUCUGCUGACUUUUCUCAUCUUAGCGGUUAAAUGCAUCAGGAACAGCAGAAGCAGCGGUAGUUGCUGCACGAGACGGAGCGACUGUGAUGAUUACAAGAACCCCAACAGAAACCUGCAGAUACAACUCAAUACUGACGGACCUAUAAAGUACGUGGAGGUCCUGGGAGGAGACAUGUUGUCUCAGAGUCAGUCCUUCAGGUCCUGUAUGUCUCCGAUGUCAGAGUACAGUGAUUUCACUUUGAUUAAACCCAGCAGCACCACUGACUUUAAGGAGGUGAUCAGUGUUCUGGAUGCGUCUUUACCCGACAGCACCUGGACCUUUGAGAGCCAGCAGGUGAGCAGAAAAAAAUAG